GUUGGAUGCUAGCAACUGUCAACUGACUGAGAAGGAGGGCAGUGACAGACAAGACCACCGUGGAUAGAAUGGGAUCAAGUGUGCUGUGUGGUAGUGAGCGCCCUGAGCCCUGCCAAGCAGGAUAGGCUUCCGAGCUGCAAGCUGCACAUGUCCAUUGUCCCUCGUUUAAUUGCCUACACAUAAAUUCUUCCCCACCUGAGCAAACAAACACUACCAAGAAAUUCUUUUAAUCUUGGCGAGCUUCGAAUUUUGUUUCUUGGACUCUUCUCCUUGUUAGGUUGCGUCCUCUGCUUCUGAUUGGAGGCCGCCAUGGAUGAGGUCCCGGGAAGGAGUAGCUCAGUGAGAGCUACAAGGAGCAUUUUUGGGGAAAGCAUCGGCGGGAGUGGGAGGAAGCUGGAGAAGGACAGGGCAAGGGAUGUUCUAGGACUAGAGAAUUUGUCUCCAGAAAUCAAGCAGCUCGCGAAAUCCAGCAUGGAUAGGCUGAAUGAACGCAAGGCCGCCGUGGACAAGGAGAGAACAGGCGCCGAGUCCGAGCUGUCGAGGGCGCGCGCCGUGGCCAAGGAGCUGGAGCGCCAGAUCGAGCAGACCAAGGCCAGGGCGACGUCCAAGAGAUCAGAGGCCCAGGCAAUGCGGGCGACAGGGGCAAGCAAGAAGGGAACGGACGCGCCGGGCUCGCAGGAGGAGCGCGACGCCGCCGAGAUCGAGGAGGUGGCGCGGGAGCUGGACCGUGCCAAGCAGGAGCUUCGCAGGCUGCGGCUGGAUGUGAGGUCCGCGGCGGAGGCGAAGGCCAAGGCCGAGAGCGACAUCGUGGCGUCGGCGAUCAACAUCCAGUUGAACCUGCGUGCCGCCGACGAGAUGAAGCGGCUGGUGGAGGAGGCGAACGAGGAGCACGUCCUGGUGGAGCUCGCGCGCAUCGAGGCCGAGCGGGAGCACCGGGAGAUCGACGCCCAGCGGCGCGCCGAGGCGGAGCGGUUCGCCGGGGAGGUGGCGGCCGCCAGGGCCAAGGUCGAGGCGCUGCGGGAGGAAGUUGGCCGGGCGAGGGAGAUGGAGGAGAAGCUCGCCGCGACGAACGCCGACGUGGAGGUCCUGCAGUUCGAGAUGGAGCUGGUGCGCGCCAUGGAGAGGAACAAUAAUGCCAAGAGCGGCGACGUGGCGGAGGCUGAGGCGAGGAGGAAGAAAGAAGAGGCGCAGGACAUGGCUCUGCUGCAGGCGGCGGAGGCCGAGCUUGACGCGGCCAAGAAGGAGCUGGAGAGUAUCAAGGCGGGGGGGUUCCAGUUCAUGACGUCCAUGGACAGUGCGCGCACCGAGAUCAUGCGCGUCUCCGAGGAGGUGGGCCGGCUCCAGGCGCAGGAGAAGAAGGCGGACGCGCAGGUGCAGAAGCUGAACGCCAAGCUGCUGAAGGCGAGGUCCCGGUUGGAGGCGCUCACGGCGACCAACGAGCGCUCCAAGGCGAUCGUCUCCAGCCUGACGUCGGCACUGCAGCAGCUGCAGGCCGAGAAGGAGGCGGCGAGGAAAGAGGAGGAGCUGACCGAGAUCGAGCGACGGUGCGUGCGCGCCGAGACCGAGAACGCAAACGCCGAGAUCGCCGUGACGGAGGCACGUAUCCGGCAGUCCGUGAAGGAGCUCGAGGCGGCAAAGGCGGCCGAGGUCGGGGCGAUGAAGAAGCUGAAGGCCGCCGUGGAGGGCACGAUGCAGGCGAGGGCGUCGCAGGGUUCGGGGAGGAUAACCAUCUCGCGGUUCGAGUACGAGUACCUGAGCGGGCGCGCGGCGCUGGUACGGGUGGUGGCCGACAAGAAGGUGUCCGCGGCGCAGGCGUGGGUGCAGGCACUCAAGGCCGGCGAGAAGGAGCUGGAGGCGCGCGCGGAGGCCGCCGAGCGCGUAACCGCCGAAAUGCGCGCCAGGGAGGCCGAGGCGGCGGCGGCGGCGGAGAGCGCGGCGGGCGAGCAGAAGGCGCUGGAGCAGGAGCUCUACGACCUGAACGCGGCGGCGGAGGCGGAGAGCGCGGUGGGCGAGCAGAAGGCGCUGGAGCAGGAGCUCUACGACCUGAACGCGGCGGCGGAGCGGGACGGGCUGCUGUGCGCGUACCCGCGGCGGCGGUCGAGCAGGGUGUCGGCGACGAGGCGGAGGGCAAGGGCGCGGCGGUCGUCGGUGUCGUCGGCGGCGGGGAUCCGGAACCCGCGGUCGCCGUCCUUCACCAUCAAGAGGAAGAAGAAGGUGAUGCCCAGCCUUUUCAAGCUCAUCAAGCAGAGAAAAGAGAAACGCGCGAGCUGAGCUGAGCAUCAUUGCCGAAGAGAGCCGCGUCAUCGGCGUUCAGCUUUGCUGCUUGUAAAUGUCAGAUUGUCAGGUGUCACUGCGAUGAAAAAUAGUACAGGGUUCUUGUGCAUGUGUAGCAGUAUGACACAGCUUUGCUCUUGGUAUGUGUUUUUCUUUCUUAAUGCAACUACAUGGGGAGACUGGGAGAGUCCCCAACUCAUCAGGAUUUAUCAUCCAAAAUGCAAAAAUUGUCAACCAUGGUUGAGUUCGGAGAGUUACAGUUGCGCAUAGAUUAAAGCACACUGUGGGUUAGUAAUCAUAUAAUCACGCACAUUGUGCAUAGAGCAUAGCAUGUUUUGAUUUUCAAGGUAGGCUUGUAUGCCAAUUUCGUGUUCUAUAUCA